AUGGCGAUCGCCAACUACCUCGUCACCGACAACAACCUCGGGGCCAUUGCGCACACGCACCCCGUCUACGGCCUUCCCAUCGGCUGGGCCUUUGCCAUCUGGGGCAUCAUCUACACGCUCGAGGGCCUCUUUGUCGUGUACCAGGCGCUGCCCUUCCAGCGCUUUGGCGGCCUGCGCGAGCCGUCGUACGCCAAGAUCCGAGGCCCGGUGCUGGCCCUUUUUGCGGCCAACUCGGCGUGGCUCUUCCUCUUCGGGUACGAGGUCUACUGGGCCUCGCAGGUCGUGAUCCUCGUCUACGACGCGCUCCUCUUCGUCGUCCUCCGCCGACUCGACGUCAACCAGCUCUCGUCGCGCCGCUCCGCCGCCUCGAAGCUCGCCGCCGCCGCCUUCUCUGCAAACGCGUCGUGGGUGACAGUCGCCUCUUGCCUCGGCAUCCAGGUUGUCCUCCUCGACGAGGGGUGGCUCCCCUCGCCCGACUUUGCAAUCGGCCUGCUCGUCGUCGCGGUCGCCGUCGCGUGCGCCGCCACCUUUGAGUACUCGGACCCCGUCUACGCGGCGGUGGCCGCUUGGGCACUCGGCGGCAUCAUCGCCAACCAGGCGGACGCCUCCGAGUUUGGCUGCAAGUCGCAGAUCUGCCCCGCCUGCCUCGCCGCCGCCAUCCCGAUCUGCAGCCGCGACGACACGUCGGCACGCGACGGGCGGCCAAACGGCUUCGCGCCGCUCGACUGCGACUCGUACACGGAGAGCUCGCCCGACGAGUGCGUCGUCGCGAAGAGCGCCUCCGUCGUCGGCUGGGCGUACGCCGGCAUCGGCUGCGUCGCCUUCGCCCUCGCCGCCGGCCUCGUCCGCGGCUACCUCCGCCGCCAAGCGGAGAAGCGAGCGCCCCGCCCGCAGCCGCCAUUCCUCGAAGAUGUGCCGUCGACGCCCGCGAGUGGCGACUCGCCGUGA